GCAGCACGCGUGGCUUCUCCUGUCGAGGUUCAGCUCACUCAGAAGAGCCAAUGUUGUUCUGCAGCAUCUGAGAAUGUCCGUGCACACAGAAGCUGCAGAAGUGCUGCUGGAGAGGAGAGGCUGUGCAGGAGUCAUAACGCUGAACAGGCCCAAGUUCCUCAACGCUCUGUCCCUGAACAUGAUCCGGCAGAUCUACCCACAGCUAAAGAACUGGGAACAAGACCCUGAGACGUUCCUGAUCAUCAUAAAGGGAGCUGGAGGAAAGGCCUUCUGUGCUGGAGGGGACAUCAAAGCAAUCUCAGAAGCUAAGAAAGCAGGGCAGAGUAUGACUCAAGAUUUAUUCAGAGAAGAAUAUAUACUGAACAAUGCCAUUGCUUCCUGUCAGAAGCCAUAUGUUGCCCUUAUUGAUGGGAUCACAAUGGGCGGG